CCGGAGCCCGGAGCGUGCACGCCUUGCGAGGGCGAGCGCGUCUUGCAGCCCGCGGGCCGAGGACCGCAGCGGGCCGCGCGGCCCGCGCUUGCGGCCGAGAAUUUCAGAAUGAGAAGUCAUUCCGUUACUACGUUACGUGACUGCGUUAAGUCACGUAAACUCAUCCAUCUAGAGAUUGUUCCUUGCAGGAAUCCAAGAUUGGCCUAACCACCCUUCACCAAUUGACACCUGGCGAGAUUCCCCGUGGAACAUAAAACAUGGAUUCCUUGGACCAUAUGCUGACGGACCCCCUGGAACUGGGUCCGUGUGGAGAUGGCCAUGGGGCACGGAUUAUGGAGGACUGCCUCCUGGGGGACACCAGGGUCAGUCUGCCGGAGGACCUUCUGGAGGAUCCCGAGAUAUUCUUUGAGGUGGUCAGCCUCUCCACGUGGCAGGAAGUGUUGAGUGACACCCAGCGCGCGCACCUCCAGCAGUUCCUGCCCCGCGUUCCGGAGGACAGUGCUGAGCAGCAGAACCAGCUGCUCCUGGCCCUGUUCAGGGGCGAGAACUUCCGCUUCGGGAACCCCCUGCACAUCGCCCAGAAGCUCUUUCGAGAUGGACACUUCAACCCUGAGGUGGUCAAGUAUCGGCAGCUCUGCUUCAAGUCGCAGUACAAGCGGUACCUCAACUCCCAGCAGCAGUAUUUCCACCGGCUGCUGAAGCAGAUUCUGGCUUCCCGGAAUGACCUCCUGGAAAUGGCCCGUCGGAGCGGCCCGGCCCUUUCCUGGCGGCAGAAGCGCCCUUCGCCGUCCCGCACCCCCGAGGAGCGGGAGUGGCGCACGCAGCAGCGCUACCUGAAGGUCCUGCGGGAGGUGAAGGAGGAGUGCGGUGACACGGCCCUGUCGUCCGACGAGGAGGCCACGUGGGAUUCACAAGAAACAUUUUCUUUUGAAGAUCUCAGCUCAUGGCUCCCGAGCUCCCCAGCGCGCUCUCCUAGCCCCGCGGUGCCCCUGAGGGUGGUGCCCACGCUUUGCACCACAGACAUGAAAACUGCAGAUAAGAUAGAGCUGGGGGACAGUGACCUGAAGAUAAUGCUGAAGAAGCACCAUGAGAAGCGGAAACAUCAGCCGGAUCACCCGGACCUUUUGACGGGGGACCUGACUCUCAAUGACAUCAUGACUCGCGUCAAUGCUGGGAGGAAAGGCUCUCUAGCAGCCCUGUAUGACUUGGCUGUCCUUAAAAAAAAGGUUAAGGAGAAAGAGGAGAGGAAGAAGAAGAAAAUAAAAGUGAUCAAGUCAGAAGCAGAGGACUUGGCCGAGCCCUUGAGCGGGACGGAAGGGCUCCCGCCUCUCUCACAGGCUCCGUCUCCGCUGGCAGCGCCUGCCAUCAAGGAGGAGCCUCUGGAAGACCUCAAGCCUUGCCUGGGAAUCAAUGAGAUAUCUUCCAGCUUCUUCUCUCUUCUCCUCGAGAUCUUGCUGCUGGAGGGGCAGUCUAGCCUUCCUGUGCUGGAGGAGCGGGUUCUGGAUUGGCAGUCCUCUCCGGCCAGCUCCCUCAAUAGCUGGUUCUCUGCAGCCCCCAACUGGGCGGAGCUGGUGCUACCAGCCCUGCAGUAUCUUGCUGGAGAAAGCCGAGCCGUGCCUUCCAGUUUCUCCCCAUUUGUUGAAUUCAAGGAGAAGACCCAGCAAUGGAAAUUGCUUGGCCAGUCCCAAGACAACGAGAAGGAGUUAGCUGCGCUCUUCCAGCUGUGGCUUGAAACCAAAGACCAGGCCCUCUGCAAGCAAGAAAACGAGGACAGCUCAGACGCCACCACGCCUGUUCCUCGGGUAAGAACUGACUAUGUGGUGCGGCCCAGCACCGGGGAGGAGAAACGAGUGUUUCAGGAGCAGGAGCGUUACCGGUACAGCCAGCCCCACAAGGCGUUCACCUUCCGGAUGCACGGCUUCGAGUCGGUGGUAGGGCCCGUGAAGGGCGUGUUCGAUAAGGAGACCUCCCUCAACAAGGCUCGGGAGCACUCCCUGCUGCGCUCCGACCGGCCCGCCUACGUCACCAUCCUCUCUCUCGUUCGAGAUGCUGCAGCUCGGCUGCCCAACGGCGAGGGCACACGGGCAGAGAUCUGCGAAUUGCUCAAGGACUCCCAGUUCCUCGCACCAGAUGUCACCAGCACUCAGGUGAACACGGUGGUGAGCGGGGCCCUGGACCGGCUGCAUUAUGAGAAGGACCCCUGCGUGAAGUAUGACAUCGGGCGCAAGCUGUGGAUCUACCUGCACCGUGACAGGAGCGAGGAAGAGUUCGAGCGGAUUCACCAAGCGCAAGCGGCGGCAGCGAAAGCCAGGAAAGCCCUUCAGCAGAAACCCAAGCCCUCAGCUAAGGUGAAGUCCAGCAGCAAGGAGAGUUCACUGAAGGUCCUCAGCAGCGGCCCUUCUGAGCAGAGCCAGAUGAGCCUCAGCGACUCCAGCAUGCCGCCCACCCCUGUCACCCCCGUGACGCCCACCACGCCAGCUCUGCCCGCCACUCCCAUCUCCCCUCCACCCGUGUCGGCAGUCAGCAAGAGUGGUCCUACCACUGUGCCAGAGCCGGCGAAAUCCAGCUCCAGUGUCCUCCUGGUCUCCUCGCCAACGAUGCCACAGCUGGGAACCAUGCUCUCCCCAGCUGCCAGCCAGACGCCGCCGAGCUCCCAGGCCGCUGCCCGUGUCGUGAGUCAUUCCAGCUCGGCGGGCCUCCCCCAGGUACGGGUGGUGGCCCAACCUGGCCUUCCUGCUGUCACCCAGCAGUCAGCGGGGCCAGCACAGACACUGCCGCCGAUCCCAGCAGGCCCACAGAUCCGCGUGCCAGCCACCGCUACACAGACCAAGGUCGUGCCCCAGACAGUCAUGGCCACCGUCCCAGUCAAAGCUCAGACCGCAGCGGCCACUGUGCAGCGGCCGGGAGCCGGGCAGACGGGACUCACGGUGACCAGUCUCCCUGCCACCGCCAGCCCUGCGAGCAAGCCAGCCACCAGCUCUCCCGGCAGCUCUGCCCCGAGCGCGUCCACAGCCACCGUCAUUCAGAAUGUGAGCGGGCAGAACAUCAUCAAGCAGGUGGCGAUCACGGGGCAGCUUGGUGUGAAGCCCCAGACAGGCAACAGCAUCCCACUCACCGCCACUAACUUCCGCAUCCAGGGCAAGGACGUGUUGCGCCUGCCGCCUUCUUCCAUCACCACAGAUGCCAAAGGCCAGACGGUCCUGCGGAUCACACCGGACAUGAUGGCCACGUUGGCCAAGUCCCAGGUGACCACAGUCAAACUGACCCAGGACCUCUUCGGGACAGGAGGCGGCACGGCAGGCAAAGGCAUCUCUGCUACCUUACACGUCACUUCCAACCCCGUCCACACCACGGACAGCCCCGCCAAGGCCAGCUCCGCCAGUGCCCCCGCAUCCACUCCAGCGGGCACCACCGUGGUCAAAGUGACUCCGGACCUCAAGCCGGCGGAAGGCUCGGGGUCGGCUUUUCGCCUGAUGCCCGCACUCGGGGUGAGUGUGGCCGACCAGAAGGGGAAAAGCACAGUGGCCUCGUCGGAAGCAAAGCCAGCCGCCACCAUCCGCAUCGUGCAGGGCCUGGGCGUGAUGCCGCCCAAGGCCGGCCAGACCAUCACCGUGGCAGCCCAUGCCAAGCCAGGGUCCUCGGUGGCCAGCGGGUCUGGAACUGUUCACACGUCAGCUGUGUCCCUGCCCAGCAUGAAUGCCGCUGUGUCCAAGACUGUGGCCGUGGCCUCGGGGGCCGCAAGCACCCCCAUCAGCAUCGGCACGGGAGCCCCCACAGUGCGGCAGGUGCCCGUCAGCACCACGGUGGUUUCCACGUCCCAGGCUGGGAAGCUGCCGACGCGGAUCACGGUCCCCCUCUCUGUGAUCAGCCAGCCUAUGAAGGGCAAGAGUGUGGUCACAGCCCCCAUCAUCAAAGGCAACCUCGGAGCCAACCUUGGUGGGUUGGGCCGCAACAUCAUCCUCACCACCAUGCCAGCGGGCACCAAGCUCAUUGCGGGCAACAAGCCUGUGAGCUUCCUCACUGCCCAGCAGCUGCAGCAGCUCCAGCAGCAGGGCCAGGCCACCCAGGUGCGCAUCCAGACUGUCCCCGCGUCCCACCUCCAGCAGGGAACAGCCUCAACUUCCUCCAAAGCGGUCUCCACGGUGGUUGUGACCACAGCUCCGUCUCCUAAGCAGGCACCUGAGCAGCAGUGACUCUGAGAAGCAGCUUCCGUCAAAGCCCAGGCCUGCUCCGCCCUGCAGGCCGACAGGAAGGGCGCAGGGAGGUCCCUCCUUCCUCUGAGCUCCUGUCUCGGGCAGGCCCUCGGUGGGCUGCCAUCUGCUGCCACACCCCCCGAGGAGGACACUGAGGAAGGCUCGCUCCAGGUCUGUUGCGUACGGACCCAGGGACUGUGUGAGGUCAGUGGGUCACACAAGCUGGGGGGAGCGCAGACAGCGUCCACGCUGUUCUGUACGUGGCUUGUACCUCUCAGCGUGUGGUCUUCUCCGUGACGAGUGGUCUGGAGAGGAGUUUUGUCUCCAGAAAUUUUUAUGUAACUUAUUUUUUUUUUAAGAGCCUAUUGUACAUCUUUGUCAAAUAGAAACCUGGGCGUUAGCCCCCUAAAUGGAUUCAUUCUUUUGGCCAGAAUGUGAGAAAGGCAGAAUUCUAGUAAGUUGGCUGACCUGGAUAACUCCAUGGAGAGGCACUAAGAUGAGAAAGAAACAUAGGAAGUGGGGGGAUUGUGUGGAUUCUCUGAUAUGGGACUAGCUGGGCACUGCCUCUUAAGGUGGGGUGUCAGGAUCCCGGCUGUGGGCUGUUCUCUCCCUGCUGGCUGUCCUCAGCAAGUCUGCUCACACAUGCCCAGGCUGGUGGGCACAGCAGGUGGAUGCCAGCAGGGACGCUGCUCUUGCAGCACAAACUGUAUUUCAUAUUUCAGUUCAGAGACUCUGUAUUCUGCUUUGCUCCAGAACAAGAGUCAGCAAGCCACCGCCCUUAGGCUGGCUUCCCGUUUUUGUAAAUAAAGUUUUAUUGGAACAC